CAUACAAACUGAUGUGGGCCACAACUCACACCCACGCCACUAAAAAUGGACCGUUGCACUCCGCCCUUCAUGCACAUAAACUCGUGUAAUGUAGUGCCAAUUCAAAUUUCAAAAGUUUAAAAUCCAAAUAACAGAAAAAGAAACAAAGCUGCCACUUUUCUCUCUUGAAAUCGGAGCUCUCCUUUCAUCCUACAAUCUCUUUCUAUUUUAAUCAACAAGAAUCCCAUUCCCAGCUCCCCCUACUCUUCAAAUUUCAAAUCCUCACUUCCCUUUUCUUCUCUCCAUAAAACAUUUUUGUGUUAAAAUCUUUCAACUUUCAGCUUCUUUUUUUCCUUUUUUAGCUGCCUGCUUACCAAUUGAUUCAAUUGAGCCUGUUUUGAGCUGAUACUUGAAAAGUUUUAGCACAUGAAAUUGAAAGGUUACAUUUUUUUCUUUGGGGUUUUGUCUGAGAAAAAGCCAAAUGUGUUUUGAGUUGUUUCAACUGUAACUCUUACUUUGACGAUUGAAACAUCUUUCUGUCCUUUCUUCGAUCUUCGCAAUGAGAGAAGAAAACCCUUCAGAAAACAGAGCCAAAGCAUCAAAAUUCGCUGAUCAAAAUCAAGCACCAAAAUCUCUAUACGCAAAAACCAUUACCAAUCAAUCCAAGCCAAAGUCGUCAUGGGGUUCACACAUUGUGAAGGGCUUCACAGCUGACAAGAAAACUAAGGUUCAAACUAUCACAGUCCAAACCAAGAAACUCCCUUUAUCAAAUUCCGAUGUGCCAUACGCAAACCAAAAGAACCCAUCUCUGCCUUCUCAUUCUAGAGUUAAAAGGUCGCUCAUAACUGAUUUGUCUUGCUCUGUUAAUGCAAGCCAGGUUCACCCUCAAGUCCCUCAGACUCACCGGAGACAGUCCUCCGGUUCUCGCGAUUUAUUCAUUGAAUUAGACCAUGUUAGGAGCCUUCUUCAGGAAUCAAAAGAAAGGGAGUAUAAGCUGCAAGCUGAGCUUACAGAAUGGAAAACAAACGCUAAAGUUUUGGACCUCGAAAGGCAGCUUGAAACAAGGAACAUUGAGGUGGAUGAUCUUUCACACAGGGUUGGGUUAUUGGAGUCUGAAAAGACCAGCUUAUCCGAUCAAGUGGCAACUUUGAGUUCCAUUUUGGAAAGGAAUGAGGAAAUUUUGGAAAUUUCAAAGGAACCACAAUCAAUUAGGAAUCUCGAAAUGGAAGUUGUGGAGUUGAGGAGGUUGAACAAGGAGUUACAGCUGCAAAAGAGGAAUCUUGCUUGCAAGGUUUCUUCUUUGGAGUCCCAGUUGGCUUCUCUUGCCAGAGCUAAUGAGAGUGAUGUUGUUGCGAAAAUUAGAGCCGAGGCAUCCAUUUUAAGACAUACCAAUGAAAACCUGAGUAAACAAGUAGAAGGUCUACAAAUGAGCCGCUUGAAUGAAGUUGAGGAGCUUGCAUACUUGAGGUGGGUUAAUUCGUGUCUACGAGAUGAAUUACGAAAUUCAUGCGCAACAAUGAAUUCUUAUAAAACAUUAAGUCCAGUUCAAAGCAAGGGUGAAUAUGUUGGCUCACCCAAUUCAGUAAGCAGUAAGAGCUCAGAAUACAGUAGUGUAAAGAGAUUAAAUUUAAUUAGAAAGAUAAAGAAAUGGCCUAUUACUAGUCAGGAUUUUUCAAGCAUAGAUUAUGCAGCUAAUCUUGCGGAUAAGGAUCGGGUGCAUAUAGAGGAGAUGAGAAGUCCUGGAAGAAGACAUUCUAUAAGCGGAUCGAAAUGUUAUAUGGAAGAGUUGAUACCAAAUAAAAGAAGACAAUCUGAUGUUUUUAUGUGUACAAAAGAAAUGGAAAAGGAAGCAGAGCCACUAAGUUCUCAAAAGAAUAGUACAGUUCAAAGAAUGCAGUUCUUUGGAAAUUGCCAAGAAGCUAAUAAGCCUGCAGCUUCCUUAGAUGUUGAGAGGAGGACUUUGCGGGUUCCAAAUCCUCCUCCCAGACCUUCCUGUUCAAUUUCAAAUGGACCUAAAAAGGGAACUUCUAAUCAAAUUCCACCUCCACCUCCUCCUCCACCUCCACCACCACCUCCGCCUCCAAAGUUUUCAGUGAGAAGUAGCACAGGAGUCGUGCAGCGAGCCCCACAAGUAGUUGAGUUUUAUCAUUCACUCAUGAAGAGGGAUUCUAGAAGGGAUUCUACAAAUGGAGGAAUAUGUGAUGUGCCGGAUGUUGCAAAUGUUCGUAGCAGCAUGAUUGAUGAAAUUGAGAACAGAUCAUCACAUUUGCUUGCUAUAAAGUCAGAUGUUGAAACUCAAGGAGAAUUUGUGAAUUCAUUGAUAAGAGAAGUCAAUAAUGCUGUUUAUCAGAACAUUGAAGAUGUAGUGGCAUUUGUGAAGUGGCUUGAUGAUGAACUUUGCUACCUGGUUGAUGAAAGGGCAGUAUUAAAGCACUUUGCUUGGCCAGAGAAAAAAGCUGACACAUUGCGAGAAGCAGCAUUUGGGUAUCAAGAUCUCAAAAAAUUGGAGUCCGAGGUUUUAUACUACAAGGAUGAUUCCAGAAUGCCUUGUGAUAUUGCCUUAAAGAAAAUGGUUGCUUUGUCUGAGAAGAUGGAGCGUACUGUUUAUAACCUCCUCCGGACAAGAGAGUCAUUGAUGCGUAACUGCAAGGAAUUCCAAAUUCCCACGGACUGGAUGCAUGACAAUGGUAUUAUAAGCAAGAUUAAGCUCGGAUCAGUGAAAUUGGCAAAGAAGUACAUGAAAAGAGUAGCCAUUGAACUGCAGUUAAAGGCAACUAUGGAAAAGGAUCCUUCAAUGGACUAUAUGCUUCUUCAAGGAGUGAGAUUUGCGUUCAGAAUACAUCAGUUUGCAGGAGGAUUUGAUUCUGAAACAAUGCAUGCAUUUGAGGAACUCCGAGACCUUGCCAACCUCCUUAACAGCAAGUAAUGGGAGUUUUUUUUUUUUUUAUGAUUCUCUGGGGCAGGGCAUGGGCAUGGAGGCUGUUGUUGUUGGAACAAGUAUAUGUGGUUACCAUCUCAGUAAGGUUUGGCAGAGAGCAAAUACUAUUGUGCCAUGUAGUUGGGUACAUUGAGCUUGUAUACAAGUUUGGUGUGGAAAUGAAAGAGUUUUGUUUUGGAGUGGAGUUCAUGCACGCAGUGAGUAAAUUCUCAAAAUAACCCCAUUGGGGUACAAGGCAUGGCAGCCAUGGGUGUUGAUGCAAUUUCAAAGUCAUGUUGUAGCUGAGUAUAAAAUAAAAUAAUAAUAUAUUGAGUUAGGUCGGGUGAGGGUAAGCAGAGCCAUGUGCGGAGGCAAUGCCAUAUGAGGCAAUCAAAUGAACAGUCUUCUCUCUAUUCUUAUCCUGUUUGUGUGACUCAGUGAUUGAAUCUCAGCCACAGGCAAAGGCAGAGGCAGAGGCAAAAGACAGAGACAGUAGGCAAACAAAAUUGAAAGAAAAUGCAAAGGAGAAAGAAGAUUUGACAUUUUGACAAGAUGUAACAAUUACUUCAUCAUUU